AUGACCUCCUCGUCCAAGGGCGGCGGACCAACGCCGUGGUGGUGGCCGAAGAACGGCUCCCGGCGGCCCCGACCAAGGCUGCUGCGUCGGGUUGAGGCGCCGCAGCACCGCACUGACAACCCCUUUAUCCUGGACGGCUACCUGCCUCCCCUCAGUCUGCGCGGCUGCCUGCAUAGCCUCCUGUACGUACACAACGAGACGGGCAACAUCCUGACCCACGUCGUGCCGCUGCUGUUCAUUGUGGCGCGCGGACCCUACUGGGAAUCGCUGCAGGAACUAAGGGCGCCGCUGGUGACAUGGCUGGUGCUGCUGGUGAUGGCGCUGCCCUGGGCCGCCUCCACGCUGUACCACACCUUCAUGGCGCACCACGGCGGCCACCGGGUGUACCUCGCCCUGCUGCGCCUGGACAUAGUGUGCAUCUGCGCCACGGUGAGCCUCGGCCCGCUGCCUCACGUGUGCGUGGCAGCCUUGAGCCUAGGCACGGCGGCCAAGGCUGUGCUGAUGCUGGCCUACUGGCUCGCCUGCCUCUACUCACUGAUACGUGCCCUGAAGGCCACUACGACAUGGCAGUGCCGCACGUGCUUUGGGCCGCCCCUGCUCAUAGUGGUUGCCUGCUGGUUCCUGCGGGUGAGCCCCUGGGGCGUGGGUCACCCCGCGGGCGCAGUGUUCAUUCCGCCCAUGAUGGGUCUCUUCGUGCUGGGCGGCGUGCUGGGCGCCGUACGCGUGCCGGAGCGGUGGGCGCCGGGCCGCCUCGACCUGGCAGGCAACUCCCAUCAGAUCAUGCACGUGGUCAUGGUGGCGGCGCAGUACUACCUGUUCCGGGGCGCGCUCAUUGACCUGCACUGGCUGCUGCACGAAGCAUUCUGA